UUUUAAUUAUCAAAACCAUCUUUUUAUAUCUUAAAGCGACAAAUUUUGAUGAAUCAAACCUUUUUUCAUCGUUAAAUUGAAAAAAGAACUGAAGGUUUGUUUGAUAAUCUAUGAUGUAAUUUCUCCGCGGAAGAAAAACUCAAGCUUUUCGCUUUCAACGUUCAAACUACCUCUUCAGGUCUCUCUCACACACUACCCAGUCUCUUGUCUCUGUUUUUGUCGACAUGCCCAACCACCAGCACCUCCAGGCCGUGCUCCGUCCCAACCAAUCUUCCCCUUCGAGCUCCUUCACCUCCAAGGUCCUCCUCCUUCUCACUCUGCUCCCUCUCACGCUCGCCACCUUGGCCUUUGUCCUCCAAUGGCGUGGUGGGAUCACCGACCCCACAACCCGCUGGGCCCCCGGGUCCCAACACCUGUUCCCCGGGAUGGACCCCUCCCCUCUCUCCCCCACUCCCCACCACUCUUCUCCCUCCGACUGCGUCAGCCUCGGUCGCGGCGCUUCCCCUUCGUUCCCUUACUAUCACGGCUGGAAGUUCGACUACGGGUCCAAUCUGAGGCCUAAGAUAUGUAUUACGACGAGUACAUCAGCUGGCUUGGAGCAGAUUUUGCCAUGGAUGUUUUACCACAAGGUUAUUGGAGUCUCAGCCUUUCUUCUUUUUGUGGAAGGAAAGGCUGCAUCUCCCGACGUGUCUAAAGUUCUGGAAUCUAUCCCUGGUGUGAAAGUGAUAUAUAGAACGAAAGAGCUGGAAGAACAACAGGCUAAGAGCCGGAUUUGGAAUGAGACAUGGCUUUCAAGCUUCUUUUACAAGCCAUGCAAUUAUGAGCUGUUUGUGAAGCAAUCUCUCAAUAUGGAGAUGGCAAUUGUAAUGGCACGGGAUGCUGGUAUGGACUGGAUAAUCCAUCUAGACACUGAUGAGUUACUACACCCAGCUGGUGCUCGGGAGUAUUCCUUGAGGCAGCUGCUGCUUGAUGUGCCUAAAAAUGUGGAUAUGGUUAUCUUUCCUAAUUAUGAAAGCAGUGUUGAACGAGAGGAUAUUAAGGAACCUUUUACAGAGGUGUCAAUGUUCAAGAGGAAUUAUGACCAUCUUCCAAAGGACGCAUAUUUUGGCAUGUACAAAGAAUCGACUCGUGGUAAUCCAAACUACUUUUUGACUUAUGGAAAUGGGAAAUCAGCUGCUCGGAUUCAAGAUCAUCUUCGUCCCAAUGGUGCACACAGAUGGCACAAUUAUAUGAAAUUCCCGAAAGAAAUUAAAUUGGAGGAAGCUGCUGUUCUACACUAUACAUAUGCCAAGUUUUCAGACUUGACCUCUAGGCGUGAUCGAUGUGGCUGCAAGCCUACAAAGGAGGAUGUCAAAAGAUGCUUUAUGUUGGAAUUUGACAGAUCUGCAUUUAUAAUUGCUUCAACAGCAACAGAGGCGGAAAUGCUAAACUGGUACCGGGAACACAUUGUGUGGGGUGACAAAGAUAUAAAAAUGAAACUGCUGAGGAAGGGUAUAUUAACUCGCAUAUAUGCUCCCAUGGCCAUAAUACAAGGCUUGCGGGAGUCCGGUAUCUUCAGCUCUAUUAUUGCAUCUGCCCCAAUGAAUCUUUCAAAGGGGAAAUUUCUUUCAUCCAUUGGGAGUAGUAACUCGUCUAGAGCUGCUGCCUCUGAAUCCCUUCCGUCAAGAAGGAUUGGUAGAGGCAGAGAGUAUCAGGCUACUGUUAGGAAGGUCUUGAAAAUUGAAUCUGCUGCAUGUUAUGAAGCAGCUGUUCCGCCAUUGUCCCCACCAGGAAUGGAUGAUGACCCCCUUAUCAUUGAAGUGUGAUAUAUCCCGUAGCAAGACUGAUUACUUCUACUUGUUUUGGAUGGUUUGUUGCUCUUGUCUACUCACGUCAAGGAACUCAUCAGGAGAGAAGAAAUGAGCAAGUCGGGUUAUGUUUGGUUCCCCUGGUUUAUCCUGAUCACCAUCCAAGCACGAUAAUACAGUCAUAAUUCAGAACUAAUUAUUCACAGCUUGACAAUUUAGUAGACUUUUCAAGUACUUGAAGACUAGUAAAUGUAUAGAAAGGUUAGAAUUCAUGGUCAAGCCUUUAUUUGGCUGCUUGGGGCACAGCACAGCCAGAAAUCACUGUCGUAUAUUCAUGUAUGGAAUUUAGAAUGUUGAUAGUGUCAAUAUAUAUUUUCAGAGGCCCUCACAUUUGAGGUAAA